AUGGCACUCCUGCGAAGUAUCACCUCUCUCCGACAGAUCCCUAGUCUCUCCAAUGUUCUCGCCAGCAGGACCUACUUCACCUACAACAACGAGCCCACUCAUCCGAUUCCCGACCGGACUCCCAAGUGGGUGUCUCCCGCUGAAGCCGUGUCCGUGGUGAAGUCAGGCGAUCAUGUGUUCAUUCACGGCGCUGCAGCUACUCCUCGUGCUCUUGUUCCUGCUCUGGCUGAGCACGGAAAGAAGGCCAGUCUGAAGGACGUUCGCAUCCACCACAUUCACACUGAAGGCGCAGGUGAAUACAACAACCCCGAGUAUGCUGGCAUCUUCCGCUCCAACUCGCUCUUCACCGGCGGCAACAGCCGCGUGGCCAUCAACGAGGGCCGUGCUGACUUUACGCCCAUCUUUUUGGGCGAAAUUCCGCACCUGUUCAACCGUGGCAUCAUCAAGCCGGACGUUGCAAUGAUCUCUGUGUCGCCUGCCGACGAGCACGGCUUCCUCUCACUGGGCACCUCGGUCGAUGUGGCUCGAGCCGCGGUGAUGAACUCGAAGUACAUCAUCGGACAGGUGAACGCCAAUAUGCCUCGCACCUUUGGCCACGCCGUCAUUCACCAGUCUCACUUUGACGCUCUUGUGGAGGGAAACAUUCCCCUGCCGGAUCACAAGGUGAAGGACCUCAGCGACGUGGAGAAGGCGAUUGGCAAGCACAUUGCCGAGAACUUGGUCGACGACGGUGCCACCAUGCAGAUGGGCAUUGGCGCCAUUCCCGACGCUGUCCUCUCCCUCCUCAAGGGCCACAAGGACCUGGGCAUUCACUCGGAGAUGUUCUCUGAUGGUGUCGUCGACCUGUUUAACCUGGGUGUCAUCACUAAUCGUUUCAAGAAGCUGCAGACGGGUCGAAUGACUGGCUCUUUCCUGAUUGGCUCCAGCAAGCUGUACAAGUUUGUCAACAACAACCCCUACAUUGUCAUGAUGAGCAUUGAUUACGUCAAUGACGAGUUCAACAUUGCCCAAAAUCCCAAAGUUACCGCCGUCAACUCUUGCAUUGAGGUUGACAUCCUCGGUCAGGUCUGCUCUGACUCCAUUGGAACCCGAGUCUAUUCAGGUUUUGGUGGUCAGGUGGACUUUCUCCGCGGCGCCGCCAAGGGCCUGGAUGGCCUCGGCAAGCCCAUUCUCGCAAUGCCCUCAGUGACGAACAAGGGCGAGUCAAAGAUUGCCAUCACCUUGAAGUCCGGUGCCGGAGUGGUGACCACCCGAGCCCAUGCUCACUACAUCGUCACCGAGUACGGCAUUGCCUACCUCUUCGGAAAGAACUACCGGCAGAGAGCCCACGCUCUCAUUCAGAUUGCCCAUCCCGACCACCGCGAAGCCCUGGAGAAGGGCGCCUUUGAGCGACUGAAGUGCAUGCCAUCAGCCGACUAG